UUUCUAGAUCAUUCACAAGAGCCCCUGCCCAUCCUCUUUCCUCUAGAUCUCUCCGGCCGGCAGGCAGCCAUGCCGUCGCCGAAUGAUCCGCCCGCGGCGUUGCCCCUCACCCUCGACCUCGAGGACUUCAAGGGGGACUUUUCCUUCGACGCGCUCUUCGGGAGCCUGGUGGAUGAGCUACUGCCGGAGUUCCACGGGGACGAUGCGGCAGGGGUGCCCCCACCGCCGCCGCCCCUGCUCGGGGCUGCGCCACCCGUUUUCCCCGCUGUCGACGAGCUUCUCGGGCUCUUUAAGCAUUCCUGCAAGGAGCUCGUCGACCUGCGUCGUCAGAUUGAUAAGAGGCUCCAAAAUCUGAAGAAAGAGGUGUCUACACAGGAUGCCAAGCAUCGCAAGACACUCGGGGAGCUUGAGAAAGGUGUGGACGGCUUGUUUGAUAGCUUUGCUAGAUUGGAUUCUCGAAUCUCCAGUGUCGGGCAAACUGCUGCCAAAAUUGGUGAUCAUCUACAGAGUGCAGAAUCUCAGAGGGAAACUGCCAGUCAGACUAUUGAUCUCAUCAAGUAUUUGAUGGAGUUCAACAGCACACCUGGGGACCUUAUGGAACUUUCUCCUUUAUUUUCUGAUGACAGUCGUGUUGCCGAGGCUGCUUCAAUUGCACAGAAAUUGCGAUCGUUUGCUGAGGAGGAUGUUGGGAGGCAUGGUGUCACGCCGGCAGUAGGUUCUGCUAAUGCAAGCCGUGGUUUGGAGGUUGCAGUUGCAAAUCUUCAAGAAUAUUGCAAUGAACUGGAAAAUAGAUUAUUAUCUCGGUUUGAUACUGCAUCACAGAGACGAGAGUUGUCUACAAUGGCAGAAUGUGCAAAAAUUUUGUCGCAGUUUAAUCGGGGAACCAGUGCCAUGCAACACUAUGUUGCAACACGACCAAUGUUCAUUGAUGUGGAAAUUAUGAAUACUGAUAUUCAAGUUGUUCUUGGUGACGAUGGUCCCCAAGCUGACUCCAGUAGUAUAGCAGAGGGUCUCUCUAUCUUGUACAAGGAAAUUGCUGAUACUGUGAGAAAAGAGGCAACUACAAUAAUGGCGGUCUUUCCUUCUCCGAAUGAGGUCAUGUCAAUUCUUGUGCAGCGAGUGUUAGAACAAAGGGUCACAGCAAUUCUUGAUAAACUUUUGAUAAGGCCUUCUCUUGCUAGCUUGCCUCCAAUAGAAGAAGGCGGCCUUCUACACUAUCUGAGAGUUCUGUCAGUAGCAUAUGACAAGACAAAAGAACUUGCAAAAGAGUUGCAGUCUAUCGGCUGUGGGGAUUUGGAUAUUGAAGGUCUCACUGAGUCUAUAUAUGUUUCACACAAGGAUGAGUACACGGAAUUCGAGCAUGCAUCACUCAGACAGCUAUAUCAAUCAAAGAUGGCUGAAUUAAGAGCUGAGGCCAAGCAACAAUCUGAAUCGACUGGGUCAAUUGGCCGUGCAAAAGGAGCAUCUUUGAAUACCUCACCACAGCAGCUGAUAUCAGUUACUGUAGUGACCGAAUUUGUUCGUUGGAAUGAGGAAGCAAUAUCGAGAUGCACACUGUUGUUUUCCCAGCCUACUACCGUUGCAGCUAAUGUCAGAUCCAUAUUUGCGUGUUUGCUUGAUCAAGUCAGCCAAUAUUUAACUGUUGGGCUUGACGGUGCUAGAGAGAGUUUGAACGAGGCUGCAGCUAUGAGGGAUAGAUAUGUCAUCGGUACAAGUGUUAGUAGAAGGGUUGCUGCUGCUGCUGCUUCUGCUGCAGAGGCGGCUGCUGCUGCUGGUGAGAGUAGCUUUAGAUCCUUCAUGAUGGCUGUGCAGCGUUGCGCCAGCAGUGUAGCUUAUCUUCAGCAGUACUUCUCAAAUACUAUAUCACGUCUCCUGCUGCCCGUCGAUGGUGCUCAUCCAUCUGCUUGUGAAGAUAUGGGAUCGGCAGUAUCUGUUGUGGAGUCUGCUGCUCAUAAAGGACUGUUACAAUGCAUUGAUACAGUCAUGUGUGAGGUUGAAAGAUUGUUAUCUUCAGAACAGAAAGCUACAGAUUAUCGGUCACCAGAUGAUGGAGCUGCACCAGACCAUCGGCCUACGAAUGCUUGCAUAAGAAUUGUAGCCUACCUUUCUCGUGUUCUCGAGGUUGCAUUCAGUGCCCUAGAAGGUCUAAACAAACAGUCCUUUUUGACUGAAUUGGGAAACCGCAUGCACAAGGGCCUUCUUAAUCAUUGGCAAAAGUUCACGUUUAGUCCGAGUGGUGGGCUACGGUUGAAACGUGACAUUACUGAGUAUGGGGAGUUUGUCCGUAGCUUCAAUGCCCCCUCCAUAGAUGAGAAGUUUGAACUGCUUGGAAUCAUGGCAAAUGUCUUUAUUGUUGCUCCGGAAAGUCUAGCUUCCUUGUUUGAAGGAACCCCCAGCAUCCGGAAGGAUGCUUUACGGUUCAUUCAACUCAGGGAUGACUACAAGACAGCAAAAAUUGCUUCGAUGCUUAACAGUAUAAUGUCUGAAUAAAAUUUACUUCAAGGUUGAUAAUUUUCAAGCGAUGGAACGCUAUGAAAUGCUGCAGGGUCAUCCCAAUCGAUUUUGACCAUCAGUGUAGCCUGUAUAAUUGAGCUUCACUAUUAUGUUAAUUCGUUUGGUUCCCUUUGUUUUUCUGUUUCUAACUUUUUUUUGGCGUGCUGGAUCUUAGUUGUACAUGUGUGGGUCUAUGAAAUCCUUGUAGCAAACUGGAUAUCGAUAAGCAUUAAUUCUAUUUAGUAAUAGCAUUUUGUUUGCCAAAUGCAUAUUUUAGUUUGGGAAACACUAGUUAUCUGUAGUCUGAUUCGAGGCAAUCCACAGACCUGUCAACUGCUGUUGAUUCGAUUUGAAUCUCAGUCAUAGAUGUUGAUUCGAUUUGAA